AGAAGCGACUGAUUCGUCACUUCGUAUGACACGUAGCCUCGCAUCUAUACAAUAGAGCGAGCAGGUGGCAUUCAGAACUUUAUCAUUUCGCAGUGGGUGGAUGUUCCUAAUUUGCACUGUAGCCUAGGCUGUAGAGACGCGCGAAUAGGUUACUGAGAGGGGAUCCAAUAGACUGCCCAGACUACACAGUAUACCGGCUAAAUGCCCAGCACCUGCAACUGUCUUCACACGACCUUCAGUCUUGUCCUGGUAUCUGCACAAAGUAAUACAUUAAGGUAAAAAGAACGGCACACGGCAAUGAGCUCCUCUCUUCCCAAGAGCGAAUCUACGACCUCUCUGUUGAGAUCCUCAGCGGUCCCGGUGAGUCGCAGAUCCGCACAUCAUUCCGAGCAUCAUGGGUCGCGCAGCCACCGCAGUCACCAUCAUCAACCCGAAGGAGGUAGCGGUGUACCUGACGAGCCGUGUUGGAGCGAUGAGUGCGAGGCAAGCGCGCGCAGACCGCUUUGUCAACCGAGGCAUGCCGGUGGCAGGACAGACAGGAAUGGAGGUGAUAAACGGGGACAUUCCCACCACUUACAACAACACAGCAACCACUACGAUGACGGCUACAGACAGGAAGAAAUGAGAGAGCGGAUGGAUCGCAGUGGGAAAGACCGCAGUAAGUCGUCCAGACAUCUCCACCCACACCACCACCACCACAACACCUCCAAAUGUGACCUGCCGCCUGCGCAUCACCACGGGAACGCACGUCCAGACCGGAGGUCCUCGCCAACUCCAUCCUAUACAAAACAAUCCGACGACACUGCGUACUUUUUUGAAUCAAAGGACAGAAUAAUUGCUGGGUCGUCCACGAGUUUAAACUCUGACCCACCGGUAUCGUCCACGCCAGUGCCCCGUCCCCUUACCAGCCGCACCGCCAAAAGACUCAGCACAGCUCCACCUGAACAUGACUCCAAUCUGCAUCCGAUAGUGAAAUCAGUCUUCGGGCAGGAUAGAGAGCUGAGGCCGGAGGAGAUGGAUGAGUUGCGCGAGGCUUUUAAAGAGUUUGACAAAGACAAAGAUGGCUUCAUUGGCUGUAAAGACCUAGGCAACUGCAUGAGAACCAUGGGCUACAUGCCUACUGAGAUGGAGCUGAUAGAACUGAGCCAGCAGAUCAACAUGAACUUGGGAGGACAUGUGGACUUUGAGGACUUUGUGGAGUUGAUGGGGCCCAAACUUCUGGCUGAAACAGCAGAUAUGAUCGGGGUCAAGGAGCUAAGGGAUGCUUUCAAAGAGUUUGACACAAAUGGUGAUGGCCAGAUCAGCACAUCUGAACUCAGAGAAGCAAUGAAGAAACUUUUAGGUCAACAGGUUGGUCAUAGAGACCUAGAGGACAUCCUACGGGACAUUGACCUGAAUGGAGACGGCCAUGUCGACUUUGAAGAGUUUGUGCGCAUGAUGUCUCGCUGAGUGUAGGUCAUGAUACCGACUGGUUCCUUUCCUGGUAAGAGAGGAUGAGAAGGAGAAGAAGAAGUGAAGGAGAGGCAGAGAUGGCAGAGCCCUUACCGACAGACCUCUUACCUCAGACUUCUGAACUACAGAAGGAGAAAACGACAUAUCAACCCCGCUCUGCUACUGCCACAUCUGAAGACAUGCACAAAAGCUGAAGGAACAACAUCAGUGAUCAUGAUGAUGCUGUUACUGCUGUCUCUAAGAGCAAAACAGAACAACAGCCAGCCUCCCACAGUUUUACAUUGUACAUUUCAGAUAUUCGAGAAAACAUAUCUAGGUGUUUACAGGGUCUAAAGAGCAAUGUGAUGUUUGAGCUACUUACACUCAUUGCAAUGGUUGGUUAAUGCUGUAGCAAAGUAAAGGAGACACAUUUACAUUUUCAACACUUUCUUACUUAUGCCAACGUCUCCUAUAACUAGUCUAAAGCAGCAUAUUCCCCUUUGGGGCUUUGGACUCCUAAAAUAAACUUUUUAGUGGCAAUAUUAUUAUAUCAGUGUACCAACUCUCAAAAUAUGUAUUGUUUGUGUGUGCGUUCAUGUGUGUUUGUGCACCUCAAUUAUCCUUUCCUGUAAGAUUUCAUAUGUCUUAAGCUACUGUACAGUUAGUGUCAAACCCAUGGCAUAUGCUGGCUCUAUCUUGAAUUACAUGCCAUGUAUUACCACGGAUGCACUUUUUUAGAUUUUAUCAUUAUCAACACAUAUCGAGUUACAUUAUACAAGUUUUGAACAUAGAUGGGUACCUGCUUUGAUAAAUGGAAGGUCUGUUUCUUGAGUACCGAAUACUCUGGGGAAUGCGGUAGCAAUCAUAAUUAAUUGGUUUCUUCGGGCCAACCCAAUACACAGUUUUGCACAUUGUUUUGCAUGAAUACUAAGAAUGCAUGCUCCACUUAUGAUUUAACCAGACACACUGUCACUCCCCAUGCAAAUAAACAAUGUGCACCACAAACAAACAUAUACACAGUAUAUUAUUGUGGUGAUCAACAUAACACUGAAACCUGUGUGAGAAUGUGUGUGUGUGUGUAUUUAUGUACUGAUGAGAGUGUUUAUGUAUGAGUGCUUGUGUAUUUUGUUGUGCGAGUCUCCCUUAGGCAGUCUUAUUUGUGACUUUGCAUGUCUCUUCCUUGUGUGAUUCUAUGCAUGCCAAAUAGUAAAACCAUUUGUAGCAUAGUAGAUGAGAAUAAAGAUUUUUGUUGCA